AUGGAAAACCAGCCCCCACAGCAUGUGGAGGGUGCCCUGGCCGAACCCUGUGGACUGUGUGAGGAAGAGGGUAAGGAAUCUUCGGCUGUUACUUUUCCGUUUUACUCGUACGUGAAGAGCUUUCGAACUGGGUUGCGAGAAUGUGCCAAGUAUUACGAAGUGUCAGACUGUGAUCUGAACCGGUACAUUCAGGAUUCGUUCCCGGAAACGGAUGUGGUGAAGAAGUUAGUCCGUUGUGCUUUGGUCAAUUUGGCUGCCUGGGACGAUGCUAGUGGAGUGCUCGAUAACGUUAUCCGGAACUACUUCCAUCCAGUGCCAGAAGAUACCUGCUACCACAAUCGGACUCAAGACUGUAUCUCGAAGGCUUUAGGCAGCUGCAACUCCCUGGAUCAAUUCAGCAAAGCUUACUUAAGCUUUCAGUGCUAUUUCAAUCAAUACGGAAAUCUGCUGACAGAUGAGGAUCGCUUCAUACCCUACGCGCCAUAUGAAGUCCAAGAGCUGGCCGUCAAUUCUCUGGUCAUCGCUGAUCUUUCUCAGUGCGUGCUCAAGCAACACGCUUUAGGAAAUAUUAUCGAUGAACCACAUUUCCCAAGCUUGCUUCUGGCACAUUACCUGCAUUCAGUUUACUACACCAGUAGGGAUGGAAUCCAGUUGGAAAUCCUUUACGAUCAGUACGGAAACAAGGAGUUGCUGACACCGGAAACGCAUCAAUGUGUCGAGGCUGCUCAAGCUGCUCCCGGAGGAAGUCAUCAUAGCGAUAAGCUGUACAGGAUAUUCUCUCGUUGUUUGCAGCACAUUGUGCCCACUUUGCAGGAACUUCAAGACGGAGCUGCUUCGCUGAUUGUUGACGAUCAGGACUGUGGCUGUGACGUUUGCACGCAGACGCCGUUCUAUAAUCGAGUGUGA